AUGCGGACUUUGACAACCAAGUCCAACCGUAGUGUCGACAGAGGUCAAAGAACACACAAUCAUAGGACUAAAAGCAUGGCACCACCCGUGCCCUCAAUUGCAGCAACAGACGAUGAUGAUGUGGACAACCAGGUGCCCAUGUUCCCGUCAUUAAACAGUGCGCAGCGCCAUGUACAGUCUCAUACUCCGAAAGGCCGCUCUGCGCAGUCUGGUUUAAGCGGGUUACGAGUGCCUGCCGCGCCAGGUCCGUCUCGGCUUGACAUACCAGUGGCUCGCAAAAAAGUGGCUUUAGAACCAGGCUGUAGCCCUUUGGACUGGGCUCGCCUAAAAUCUACGACAGACCUUCGGGGAGGGGUUACAACGAUUCUUCGAAUAACUCCAUCGGAGCUAAAGCUACACAGUUCUCCAGACGAUGCAUGGACUGCGAUCCAUGGCAAAGUAUAUAAUAUCACGCCAUAUUUGAAAUUUCACCCGGGUGGUGUUAACGAGCUCAUGCGAAUUGCGGGACGCGAUGGAACUCGACUUUUCUUUACAUCUGUGCGCUUUGAGCAUCUAGAAAAUAGAAAUUUCGCGUGGGCGUUUGUUGGCCAAUCAUCGUUUCGACACAAGUUAUUUUUAUGGGAUAGCCCCAGGUACGCGUCAUUACGAUCAGACCAAUCACAAAAACAAUAG